GGACUUUUACGCACGGGAUUUCUUUUGGAUUUGUUGUGAAUUACUGAAGCUGCACCGCGCAAAUAGCUUAUAAAUGGGCCAGCUAUGACUUCGAACAGGAUCCCUGAAAUCACGCACUCCCACUGCUCUUAUACACCCGCGUCCAGCCACGACACAGAGGAUUACCUGCGUCCGGGGGAUGAAGAGAAGUGAAAUUUCCCCACCCAAACAAAGUGGAUGUUUCAUGUUUUAAGACACAAUGAGGGAGCGUGAAGAGGCAGAGGCGACAGGAGCGCGCGUCCUCCUGCACGGCGCUGUCUCUCUGAUGUGAUGUGACCCCCCCUGGAAACCCCUGCGCCUCCAAAGCCACUGAUGAUGGAGGUCCAGAACUACAGCACAGUCAUCGACAGCGGGUUUCUGGACGAGGCACCUCCCAGCAGAGUUUUAACGGGAUGCUUUUUGUCUCUCCUCAUCCUCACCACUUUGCUGGGGAACACUCUGGUUUGCGCUGCUGUCACCAAGUUUCGCCAUUUACGCACGAAAGUCACUAACUUCUUCGUGAUCUCCCUGGCCGUGUCUGACUUACUAGUGGCCAUUUUGGUGAUGCCCUGGAAAGCUGUGGCAGAGAUAGCUGGGUUUUGGCCGUUUGGCUCGUUUUGUGACACCUGGGUGGCUUUUGACAUCAUGUGCUCCACGGCAUCCAUUUUGAACUUGUGCGUAAUUAGUCUUGACCGUUACUGGGCCAUAUCCAGCCCCUUCCGCUACGAGAGGAAGAUGACACCAAAAGUAGCCUAUGUAAUGAUCAGCGUUGCCUGGACACUCUCUGUUCUAAUUUCCUUUAUUCCGGUACAACUGAACUGGCACAAGGCCCAAACUCAAUCCUACACUUCGAAUGGUACUUUCCAAGCUCCAGAAAACUGUGACUCGAGCCUAAACAGGACCUACGCCAUCUCCACCUCGCUCAUUAGUUUUUAUAUUCCUGUUAUAAUCAUGAUCAUCACAUACACUCAAAUCUACCGGAUCGCGCACAGGCAGAUUCGGAGGAUUUCGGCACUGGAACGAGCCGCGGAGAGUGCCAAAAACCGGCACGACAGCAUGGGGCGCGGCUCGAGUAUCGCAGAGUCCGAGAGCUCUUUUAAAGUGACGUUUAAAAAGGAGACCAAGGUGCUGAAAACCCUGUCUGUCAUCAUGGGAGUGUUUGUGUGCUGUUGGCUGCCAUUCUUCAUCCUCAACUGCAUGGUGCCGUUCUGCGAGAAGUCCAGCGAAGGAGUAGAGGCGUUCCCCUGCAUCAGCCCCACCACCUUCGAUGUGUUUGUGUGGUUUGGCUGGGCGAACUCCUCCCUCAACCCCAUCAUAUAUGCCUUUAAUGCCGACUUCCGUAAGGCCUUUGCCAUACUGCUGGGCUGCCACAAACUCCAUCAAGGAGCCAACAACAUGGAGUCGGUGAGCCUGAACAAGAAAUGACUCAGACAUCCCUGACUCAUCGCUGAGGGCCCAAGCUCCUCCGGCUCCUCCGGCUCCUCCCGACUCUCUCUAAACGGGGCCAGUCCUUUCCUUACCCCACACUGUGUUAGAGGAGGCAGCUGCAUGCACUGUGGAAACUAUUUCUAGAUUUAAUCCGGGACUCC